AUGCGCGCUGCCGUGCUGGCCGAGGGUCGUUCUCCGCCCCUAGCGCAACGGCGAAGCUCCCGACUACCGGCUAGACACGCACGGCCCGCCCUCGCUCGCCCUCGACGCCGCGCACGGCGGCUUCGGGCACACCUCCUGCGCAACCUUUUCGAGGGCGGGGACCCGUCGGCAUGGAUCGAGGAGUCGACGGACUGCGCGGAUCUCAUCCGCUGGCUGCAAGCCCAGGGCGCCGCGAACCAGCAGGUCGCGUUGCGCGGCGGCUCGUCAGGCGGAGACGCCACUACGGCGUUGCGCGGUCUCCGCGCCGUGCGCGCGCUCACGGGCGGCAGCGUCGCCGCCUCGAUCCCAGAAGCCCUGGUCGUGACGCCGCAGGUCGCGCGUGCCGCCCUGGCUGACACCGACACUGACGUGGCGCUGUUGUCCGACUGGGACGCCGUCGUACUCUUUCUCGCUCGGGGGCGCCGGGGCUGCGCGGACGGCGAGCCGCGAGACGCGACGUGGGGGCCGUACGUGUGCUCGCUGCCGGCCUGCGUCGGCACCGUGCUCGAAGUGGCGGCGUGCUGCCCGGAAGCGCUCUCGGUGCUGGCGGGUGCCUCGUGCACAGACACGGCACUCGGUGUUCUCCAAUCGUUCUUGACAUCCUUUGAAGCGACGACUGCCGCCGACGCCGGAGCCGCGGAGCCGCCGCCGGUCGAGGACAUCAUCUGGGCGCACGCCAUCAUGCUCAGCCGCGCCGCGCUGCUCCCCGGCCUCCCGGGGGGGGGUCCCGCACUCCUCCCCUGGCUGGACAUGGCUAACCACGCCCCGGCGGGCGCCGACGCGCCGGCGCAGGGACCCUUCGCGCUCACCCCGCGGCGGGGCUCGAUCCCCGACAACCGGUACUUCGAGUACGACGCCUCGUCGUCGGCCGUGCUCCUGCGCGCCCCAACGCGGGGGUUGCGAGGAGGCGACGAGUUGACCAUCGAUUACGGCGGGGGCAAGACGCAGCUGGACAUGCUGCUGCUGUACGGCUUCCUGCCGCGCGCGGGCAGCGAGGGGGCGCAAGCGCCGCUCCCCAGCGACGCGUGCAUGCUGGCUCUGCCUCCGCUGUCAGGGGGGGACUCGGUCGAAGUCCCCCUGCGGAUGGGGGCCCUUCUGCCCGCGGGUGCGCUCGCGGCUGCGGCGGCGCGAGGCCUUGGCGAUGCGAACGUCGCGAGAAAGGACGACGGCGUGCUGUCGCUGCGGGAGCGGGCGGCCGCGUGGGGGGUGCUGGCCAGCGCUGCGCGCGACCAGCAGAGCCGGUACCCGCGCAGCCUCAAGGACGAUCGCGAGCUGUUCGAGCUGGCCGAGAGCGCGCUCGCGGAGGCGCGGGACGCCCGCGCCGGGGCGGCCUCCGACGGCGCAGUGACGGCGUCGCCCUUGGUCGGCCGCGGGGCGGACGCCGCGGUCGUUCGGGCGAGCGUGGAGCAGGCGGUGCGUGUGCUGUCGGUGCGGGAGCGCGGGAGCAGCGCCAGCGACGUCGCGAGCAUGCUGCGGCGGCUGGCAAGCAGUGCUGACAGCGGGGAGGGGGUAUUGGCGUUCUCCCGGGACGCGCUGGACGGGCUGGUGCGCGAGCGCGUGGUGCUGAACGGCGCGGAGGCGCGCAUAGCGAAGACGAUGCGCGCAGUCAAGCUAGAGAUGCGCCGCGGAUGA